GAUAGGUGUACAUUGACGACCAAAAUACUGUCCCAAAAUAGCACCGAAAUAAGCCAAUAAAAGCUAACUUAUUGUCAUUUAUAUUCGCUCAUCGUUUACAUACUUUUGUCAAGGUGGCGGGUGUCGAAGUUGUUGGCCAUUUAGGGAUGGAGGCGGUGGAUGAUGAAGUCCUUGAGGACCUGUACACUUGGGUUGAUGAAAUUCCCCUGUCCAGGCCAAAAAGGAACAUCACCAGAGAUUUCUCUGAUGGGGUUAUGGCCGCUGAGCUCAUCAAGUUUUACUUCCCAAAACUUGUGGAAGUGCAUAACUAUACUCCCGCCAAUGCGACUAAACAAAAAGAGGAAAACUGGUAUUUGUUGAACAGAAAAGUAUUAAAGAAGUUAAAUAUGGAACUCUCAGAGGAUGUGAUACGAAGCAUUGCCACAAAUAAGCCCUCCACAGUUGAACGUGUCUUACUCAUUAUGCGAUCAAAGAUUGACAAGAUUCUCCUGUCCGAGCGGAAUCGGCAGGUCGGCAAAGGGCAAUACAGCGACCGACCAGAGGCGGACCAGGGACGAGAGAUGGAUGGGUAUUUGCAUCAACAUCAUCAGUCACAGCAUGACCAAGGAUCAGUAUCAGGCCAACACGCUAGAGUCAGUCCAAAUACCAAGAUGCCACAGCCGGGAGCUCGAGGACUUGGUCAGCCAGAAUAUUAUCAAUAUCGCGAUGAGCCAAAUGUGAUCGGAUCAAGCCACAGUCAACCUCAUAAGUUUAUUGCUGGUCCAAGUAAAAUGUCGCAUCCACAUCAUCAUGUAACUCCGAGAGCAAACAUUACAAAGGCCCAGGCUACGUCAUACACAUCUGAUUUCGUCCCUAGGUUGAUAUUUGAGGAGAAGUCACAGGAAUGUCUCGCCAAAGAAGAAACAAUUAGUAUUCUACAAGCCAAGAUCCGCCGGUUAGAACAUCUCCUUCAUCUCAAAGACAUCAGGAUAGACGAUUUGACGUGCCGACUCGAACAGCUCCGGCCGACAAAUCAACAUCUAGGAAGUCCUACAGCAGUGCGGAAAAAGGCGUCAAAUUACGGAGGAAAUAACUGAAAUUGUCGAGUCAGCUUAGUUUUAUGGACUGAAAGAAGAAAGGUUAUCUGUAUGUGGGGGAGGGGUGUCAAAGUCACGGGGCGUCAACGUGGUGAUUAUCUUGUCUUCUAUUGUUUGGGUACAAUUAGCGUAGACAAUUGUCUGUUACAUUGCCUGUAUGGAAACAGUUGACUGGACGGCACUCUCUGAAGACAUUGCAUGUUGAUUGUGGCAUAUAACGGAGUCCGGUGGUUCGGAUUUCAUGUUGAUAUAUUAGUCAGAGGACAAGGUCAGAGGAUAGCUAUUGAAGUAUCUUUAUAUGCAAAUUGGGCUCAUUUGCCUCAAGCGUUUGUCACAAAAUGAGUUGGCUCCAGGUGUGAUUUUCUUCCGGGGUUUAACUUUUCCGUCCAACUUGAACUCUAUAUUUUACUGCUGGUGAAUGAUAUUUUUGUUUUAUCAUUAAAUUAUCAUUUUUAUUCCAUCCAUUCUGCUAGCUCGGCAUCUGAAAAUGUCUAAUGUGUCCAUCCACGUAUAAUACGUCCGAUGCCAGACCAAGUUCUACACGUAUUUCACUGCAAUGUAUCUACAUGUAUAACAUAUAUUUAUUGUCUUUUGGCCAAUAAUCUGAAGCAUUCCAUCAAAAAUACGUAGGCUCGCCUCACUUACUUUUGAUUCCAGUCAAUUCAAAUUUAGUCAAAUCAAAAUAUUGCAUUCUUUUUUUCGGAUGUAGAAUAUCUUAGAGAAAAAUGUAGAUUUAGCAGCCACUGUGAAGGCAAUUAAAACUGAAUGUCUUCUGCCAUCAUUUUGGCUACAUUUUGUGAGUGUUCUUCUAUUGUCUUAUCACCUGAGUGUGCACAUCACUGUGUAAAUAAAUAUACAUGCACUUCUUUCACAUGUGGCAGCCGUGAAUUUUGGGAGGGGGUAUGACUAGGGAGUCUGGCACCUCUUGAAAAUACUCUGAAACAAAUGUAUAUAGGCCUAUACAACCUUUAUUUUAUUUCCAGCCAUCACUUUCAAAUACAUCGUAUUUUCAUUAUCAUUGUAUAUGUAAAACUAAAAGGAGAAAUAAA